AAAACGCGAACAUUGCCAAAAAUAUCCUCAGUCUAUCGCCAAAAUGCGAGCCGUAAUUGUUUUGUGUACCCUAGCAGCGUUGGCUUGGAGUUCUCCCAUUGAAAAGUGGCAUCGAAGCAGUGAUGGCUGUCUGUAUUAUGUGGAACACGAGAUGAAGUUUAAUUGGUAUCAAGCCUGGGAGGAGUGUUUGAAUAGGAAUAUGACCCUGAUUACCCUGGACUCGUUCUAUAAACAACAACAAAUUGAUGGUAUAAUUCAGAUGAACUAUGCCAAAAAAUUGACAUUCUGGAUGGCAGCCCAUGACAAUGCCGUGGAUAAACGCCAUACCUGGGCAACAACGGGUAAAAUAUUAUCGUUCACCAAUUGGGCCAAGGAUCAACCGAAUUACGCUGCCAAUGAUCAUUGCCUUUUGACUCACGACAGCACUGGGCAAUGGCAUGAUUUUCCAUGCACCAGCAAACUGGGAUUCGUGUGCGAAAUUCUACAGUGUACCAAUACCAAGUCUGGAGAUUUGGAAAAUGGAGAAUUGUCCAAAGAAUUGAAAAAAUACAAUGUUAAUAUAUGGAAUCUAUUGGGUAGUCAUAGAUAAAUAAAGGCGAAGAACACAUCAAAGACAAAUAAAA